ACUGGGUUGGGUCAAAUGAUGAAAGCAGCAGCGGGUUGACGUAGAAAAUGAUAAAUAUGUGCGUUCCCGGCACUGAAAAAAACCGCAGCAGACCACAAACUCCGUUAGCUGACUAAUUCUAUUGGUAGACUCCAAUUUAAAACAUUGUGCGUCUCAAUAGAGAUGGACGAGCGGCACCGGAGAUAGUUGCGAGGGUGCACACGAGAAUGGAGGCAGCUUCCAUGGGCUUACGGCUUCUGCAAAGCACCUCUUCAAAAACCUCUGACCUGCCAACUUUCGUUAGUAGGUCAGUGGGGUCAAGGGGUGUGCUGGAUGGUGAGAUUUCCUUCUCCAAGAACAAUGUGUGUGUGCACCCUAUUGAGACAUUGCCCGGCCUAGCUGAGCACCAUCCAGGGUAUCUGUGUGUACACAUGGAAAAGGAUGAGGAGCUUGGCACAACGCUGAUCCUGACCUGGGUGCCCAACUCCCACAUCCAGCGGCAAGAUGAAGAGGCUUUGCGCUAUGUCACCCCUGAGAGCUCACCUGUGCACAGGAAUCCUAACCACUGUGCUGACACUCAGACCCCACCAGCCCCUGAGGGCAGAGAGGAGGAGGAGGAGGAGGAGGAGGAGGGACAAGGCCAGGAGGGAGAAUGCACAGAGAUACAGCCGGAGGAAGGAAAUGAGGGAUCUGUUGAUCUUUAUGAUGGCAUAGUGAUUCAUGAACGUACUCUAGGCUCCAACUUGGGCACCGUCCCCUCUUAUGUCUGCCUGUCAUCCAACAGCGAAGCCCUUGUUGAGAGCUCUGGGUCAGUCCUCCUGGAUGACAACAACAGGGAAUUCUGUGAUGAGUCCCUGACCCGUUCAGCUAGCCCCGCCCCCAGGCUUGUCAGUGAUGCUCCUUCUGAAAACUGCCAAUCACAGGUAGCACAGGGGGAGGAGCAACAGAAGUUGGAGGUUGGAGUGUUCCAGGUGGACCUGGGUCAUAUGAGAUUACUACGUCUCUUCUUCAGUGAUGAGGAGUGCAGCAGUGGCCAGCUGGUUAUCGCCAGCAGAGACAAUCAGUUCAAGAUCCUGCACUUCCACCACGCAGGCUUAGACAAGCUGGCCGAGGUCUUCCAGCAAUGGAAGUGCUGCCAAGAGACACGUCUCAAAGACCAGGUGUCAGACGGGCGGUCCUGCGUGGAGUUCUCUGUCCUCCGGCCCACCCCGCCCUCUGUGGAGACCCACCCCGAGGAGCGUCUGUACGGCCAGCUGGACUCGGCCACCUGGUCGAGGCACCUGAGCCACAGCGGGCAGGUGGAGGAGCAGUACGCUCUGCGCAAGGCUAUCUUUUUUGGGGGGAUCGACCCAGCCAUCAGGGGCCAGGUGUGGCCGUUUCUGCUGCGCUACUACAGCUGGGACUCCACCUCGGAGGAGCGCGAGGCCUUGAGGCUGCAGAAACACAGCCAGUACCAGGAGAUCCAGCAGAGGAGGUUGUCCAUGACUCCUGAUGAGCACAGCGAAUUCUGGCGGAAGGUCCAGUUCACUGUAGAUCGAGACGUGGUGAGGACCGACCGGAGCAACCUCUUCUUCAGGGGCGAGAACAACCCCAAUGUGGAGAGCAUGAGGUGCAUCCUGCUGAACUACGCGGUGUUCAACCCUGAGAUGGGCUACUGUCAGGGCAUGUCGGACCUGGUGGCCCCGCUGCUGACAGAGGUGCAGGAUGAGAGCGAUACCUUCUGGUGUUUCGUGGGGCUGAUGGAGAACACCAUUUUAAUCAGCUCACCGCAUGAGGAGGACAUGGAGAAACAGCUGAUGUACCUGCGGGAGAUGCUCCGGCUCAUGCUGCCCCGCUUCUACCAGCACCUGGCCCAGCUCGGCGAGGACGGCCUGCAGCUGCUCUUCUGCCACCGCUGGGUGCUGCUCUGUCUCAAGAGGGAGUUCCCUGACACAGAGGUCCUGCACAUGUGGGAGGCCUGCUGGGCCCAGUACCAGACCGACUACUUCCACCUGUUCCUCUAUGCGGCCAUUAUUGCGCUGCACGGGGAUGAAGUCGUAGAGCGGGAGCUAGCGAGAGACGAGAUGCUGCUGUACUUCAGCGACCUGGCCAUGCGCAUGAAUGGGGACCUGGUGCUGCGAAAGGCCCGCAGUCUGCUUUACCAGUUCCGUCUCCUUCCCAGAAUCCCGUGCAGCCUCCACAAUCUGUGUAACCUGUGUGACUCCGGCGUGUGGGACAGCAGCUUCAGUCCAACAGUGGAGUGUUCUGGAGAGCACCCAGACUGCGAGAGCUGCCAUUUUGGAGGCACUGUCGCACCCCCUACCCCACCCUAACCCCAGCCCUCCCUGCCAAGUGAAGGCAAAGGUGGGGGGUCCAAGACACUGGACGUUUUCGUCAUCCUUAAGCAGUCCAGGACACCAGGACAGACAUGAAAUGACCUAAAGGAAAGCAAAGACGGGCUGCAGCACUUUUGCUGCUGUAGUGAGAGAGUUCGGUAGAUUUUUGCACUCCACACCUCCUUGUCCAU